GGGCCCCUACUCGCCGGGCCGUCACUCCCUCCCUGGGACCCGGGGGCCCUGCGCGCCCGACCGCACGUCACACCCCCGUUCACCCCAUAAGCCCUACACGUCACAGCCGCUCGAUAUUAAAACACGAAAUAGCAAAAUCUGUUAACUGGUCAUUUAAAAAAAAUUCGUUUAUCUGCUUAGAUCUUAAAAAUAUAAAAAUAACUAAAGUUCCCAUCAGGUAACGCUCAUUUAUUCCAAGAAAUUGAAUAAAGACUGAAUAAAGUGUGCUUUAUUCUUAAUUCCGAUUGCCUGUGAAAUUAUUUUGUGUUUCAAUACGUAUCAACCGUGUACGAGCGCACGUUCCUUCCUCUCCCGCCCGUGGGACUUGGGCUGUGGCCCGAGGCAGGAGCAGCUGCGGGGCUUCGUGUCCGGCCUCGGGGCACCGUCACCGCAGCCUUCGGGAACCUCGGCUUCCUCUUCUGUAUUGAUCCCUAAACUAUGCCAGAAACUUUAGGACUUAUAUUAGUGUUUGUUCGUUCAUUUAAAGACGGUGAUAAACACAAACCGACAACAUUUCGAUGAACCUGUUCUCCAAACAAGCACCAUCCGAAGAGGCAGCGGAGAGGUUGACCCUUGCAGGCAUCCCGGGCCCCCGCCGUGGCUCAGGUCCACGAAGAAACUCGCUUCCCGGAGAUACCCUGGAGAAGCGGCAAGCAGCUCAGCCUUUUCCGAUGAUAAUGGUCAUUCUUUUUUGAUGACACAGCAGGACACCACAGGUAGUUUUUUGGCUCCACGUCUGACCCCCGGGGGCCCCUCUCAUGCGUUAUUCUGCGAUAUCAGGUCACUUGGAAAACCCCUAAACUACGCAAGUGCUGCAGGUGUCAGCCCACCUCGCCGCUCCGUACCCAUCGCCUGUCCCAUCAGCAAGUUCCGCGAGAAGCCGUCAAGGCCUUGGCGGACAGCGAGGGAGCUCGCCGGGUCCGUGCCCCAGUUUCUGGGGGCUGAGCAAACAAACUAGUGUUUGCUGAGCACUGGUCUUCACCGUCCCGUGCAGCCGCAGCCCCGGACCCCGCCUGCGGCCCCGCAGGCAGGCCAGGCCCCUGACCCCGCGCCCGGGUCGGGCCGCUCGGCGCUCGGCCGCGGGGGUGGGCGCCCCGGGGGAGCAGCUGAUGCUGUUGUCGCCCGCGAGCCAAUGGCGAACCCCGGCCCCGGAGAGGAGCGCGCGUGAGUCAUCUCUGCGGAGGAGCCGCAACGUUCAUAGCUGCCCCCGCCCCGGCGCCGCCGCCACAUCCCGGCCCGCGGCCCGCAGCCGCCCGCAGCCGCCCGCAGCCGUCCGCAGCCUCCCGCAGCCGCCCCCGGCCCGAUGGCUGCGACCUCUGCGACCCCCGCGGGACCCCGCCGCGCUUAUUGCAGGAGGGAGCAGGACAUCACCUUCUAGAAGUAAUGCCCACAGAAAGCGGGACUUGCUCUGCUGCUCGCCAAGCAAAACAGAAACGCAAAUCUCACAGCCUUUCCAUACGAAGAACUAACAGCUCCGAGCAAGAGAGGACAGCUCUGCCCAGAGAAAUGUUGGAAGGACAGGAUUCUAAGCUGCCUUCCUCGGUUCGCAGUACACUUCUGGAACUGUUUGGUCAAAUAGAGAGAGAGUUUGAAAACCUUUAUAUUGAAAACUUAGAACUGCGUAGGGAAAUCGAGACUCUGAAUGAGCGCUUAGCGGCUGAAGGACAAGCCAUCGACGGUGCGGAACUGAGUAAGGGCCAGCUCAAAACGAAAGCCAGCCACAGCACCAGCCAGCUCUCUCAGAAACUGAAGACCACAUACAAGGCCUCCACCAGCAAGAUCGUCUCCAGCUUCAAGACCACCACGUCGAGGGCCGUGUGCCAGCUUGUGAAGGAAUACAUUGGCCACAGGGAUGGCAUCUGGGACGUCAGCGUGGCGAGGACACAGCCCGUGGUGCUGGGCACUGCGUCUGCUGAUCACACGGCUCUGCUGUGGAGUAUAGAGACGGGGAGGUGCCUGGUCAAGUACUCGGGCCACGUGGGGUCAGUAAAUUCUAUAAAGUUUCAUCCUUCAGAGCAGUUGGCUCUUACUGCUUCUGGAGAUCAGACCGCCCACAUUUGGAGUUACGCUGUCCAGCUGCCGACACCCCAGCCCAUUGCCGACACUACUCAGCAGAUAUGUGGCGAAGACGAAGUAGAGUGCUCUGAUAAAGACGAGCCUGAUGUAGACGCAGACGUGUCGAGCGACUGUCCUACCAUCCGGGUGCCACUCACCUCUCUUAAGAGCCACCAGGGAGUGGUCAUAGCUGCUGACUGGCUGGUUGGGGGGAAGCAGGUGGUGACGGCCUCCUGGGACAGGACGGCGAAUCUGUUCGACGUGGAGACAGCAGAACUUGUUCACUCUCUGACAGGGCAUGACCAGGAGCUAACGCACUGUUGCACACACCCCACCCAGCGGCUUGUGGUGACCUCCUCCCGGGACACGACUUUCCGUCUUUGGGAUUUCAGGGACCCUUCCAUCCACUCCGUGAAUGUCUUCCAGGGCCAUACGGACACCGUGACAUCUGCCGUGUUCACCGUGGGAGAUAAUGUUGUUUCGGGCAGCGAUGACCGCACGGUGAAGGUCUGGGACUUAAGGAAUAUGAGGUCCCCCAUUGCGACUAUUCGCACGGACUCUGCCAUCAACAGGAUCAAUGUAUGUGUUGGCCAAAAAAUCAUUGCCCUCCCACAUGACAACCGACAAGUGAGGUUGUUUGACAUGUCAGGUGUGAGGCUAGCGCGGCUCCCCCGAAGCAGCCGGCAGGGCCACAGAAGAAUGGUAUGCUGCUCGGCGUGGAGCGAGGACCACCCCAUGUGCAAUCUGUUCACCUGUGGCUUUGACAGGCAGGCCAUUGGCUGGAGCAUCAACAUCCCUGCAUUGUUACAAGAGAAAUAAGGUUGCCGGCGUCCUCUGCGGCGUAGUUGGCCAUGGACCUGUGGACUGCUGCCGCUUUUCUCAUAUUGGUCAAGCCCUUUUUGUGAGAGUUGCACCCUGGAAAGGGCGGUUUGUAUGUUCUUUUCUCAUUGUACCGAGCUUGCAUGAAAUGUACAGCAAAAUGUAUGGUCACAUGUCUUAUUUUCGUCUCGUGUGUGUCGGCACCCUCUGGUCAGUGGACAUGAAGCCCCUUCCCUGUAGCACGUCGUGUGUUGUGAGUUCCGGGCGAUUGACAGGUGACAGGAGGGCAUUACGUUUGCGUGAGUUCAGUGUGAACCUGUGUACUUACUGUGAGGCGUACGCAGUCUGUGGCAUUUCUGGAGUAAUUAGACAUACCUACCUUGUACCGGGACGGGCCCGGGGCUGCGUUUGCAGGGGCUGACGGAUGGCAGGCGUGACGGAAGAUUUCAUGUUUACUUCUGUUUGAGGGUUUCGCAUGUGCUGUGUGUAACUCAGCUUCACCUCUGUAUUCUGGUAUAGUUAAUGUAAAAUUUACCUGGAAUUUAGAAGUUAACAAAAACAAUGCCGACUUUGCAAUGUUUGGAAAGUUUUUUUGAAAAGAAAACGUUUCUGCUCUUUUUAUAGAAAAUCAUUUCAAUCUCCUGAGGUCUCAGUUUAGCAAAUUCAAAAAUAGGAUGAUUCUAAUCACUGAUUUCAGUUAUUAAGCAAAAUUUAAAGCACUUUAGUUUAUAGCUGUGGUUAUAAACAGUUUUUAGAAGUUACAAAUGAGUUAUCCAGUGAAUGUGACUUGAGCUUUUAAGAAGACCCUGCCUGCUACCUGAAGACAAAACCUUAUUUAUUUUAUACACUUUGGUUUGCAUAUUUCUAAAUGAGUUCACUUCCUUGGUGGUGUUUGAGAGCCAACAAUGCAAAUAAAUGAGUACUACCUCAAAAAUCAAUGUAUUUGGAAAAUGGAGUCUCACUGUUGCCUAGCUAGAGCACUUUUGACUUACAGCUGGAAUGCCGAAUUCAGUUAGGAGGGCAAGGAGGACAAUCACAGCAGGCGCAUCCGAGGAGGAAAGCUCUCCCGUUAGCUGACAAGGUGGGAGCCGAAACCAUGCUUCACGGGGUACCAAGGUGUUCCUGUUUCAGCAGCUGGGACACCUCUCAGUGCCAGUCCUUUCACUGCCUGGGCGAGCCUGUCACUCUUGCCUUCUUAGGCGUUACUGUCGUCUGGUGUUCGUGAGUUUGUUUCUUGCUCAGUUAUGAUUUUGAUAAAGAGCCAUGUCCGUGUACUGCCCUCCUCUUUUUAAGUCUUUGUGUCCACUUGGAGAGGCACAGAAGGUAACAAUGACAGCGAUCACGGGUGCCCCCCACUCCAGGUGGUGACAGCUGGCGGAGCGCCAUUCGGCGAGGUGUGAUGUCAGCAGAGCAUGCGUGCCGCCCUCGGGCCUGCGUGAACGUGCCUCGCCUCAGGCUCUUCUGCUCAGGUCCUACGUGCGGUAGCUCAUCUUAGGAGCUUCAGCCCUGAAGUAUUUGGAGUAUUCUGAAAUGACCUACACAGUCUGGAAGGGAAGAAGGGCCAGGAGAAACCCAUCGUGACGUAGUUAGAGCUGAGGUUGCCAGCUAGACCGAAUGACAGACAGAUGCUUGCGAGCGGCUGUCUUCCCAAAGCCCGGCACCUGCCCACGUCACAUUGGGAACGUGGGCUGGAACAUCUGUGUCCUACCCCCGCUGACCCGAGUGCCCCCUCCCCCGCGGCGGCGCCCCAGCGGCUUUGAGACAGUAAGCUGAGCGUCCAUGCUUUUGGGCUCCUGUUGGAUUUUAAUUUGAAUGUCUGGGUAUCUUAGAAUCAUUGUCAGGAACACUGAAAAAGGUAAACAAGCAGAUCAAACUUAAGAACCAGAUCUCUGCCAGAUUAAAAACAUUUGAAGCUUUUAACUCACUUUCUGAUGUUCAUUCAGUGCUCUGCGACCCAGCGCCCUCCGCGCGGCGCCUGCCCGGCAGCUGCUCACCUCCUCCCAACUCUGCCCUCCCCUCCCCAUGGCGGGCCUUGUCGUGUGCGCGCCAGUUCCCAGGACAGGGCACCUGCUGCUCACCUGCGCGGCGGCCAUUCAGCUGCUGCUGCGGCCUUCGUGGCGGUGUCGUCCGGAGUCCCGGAGAUUUGGGUUAGGGAGUGCGUGUGUGUGCGUGUGUGUGAAUGUGUGGGAGUCUGUGCGCAGAGGUACCUGUGUGGCUCAGAUUAAGUCCCGUGAUCAGCCACACGCGAUCUCAUCUGAAAUAGUGUUUGGAAAUGGGAGUGGUUUUGUCUUAUAUGCUCACGUGUCCAGAAUUUCAUUUAAUAAUGGAAGGAAAAUGUGUGGUUACUGGAAAAUGUGUACUGAUAGAGAAUUUCAUAAGAACUAUGUUGUUGGACAAAACAGCACUCUUUCUCAACCACUGCACAUCAGUUUCUGGAGAGACAAAAAUUCUGUACAUAUUUUGGAAUUUGAAGAAUCCUAUGUAAAUCAUUUGUUGCUUAAAUCUGUGAAAUACAAGUUUCUUUGGGGGAGUAUGCAUUUAUAAAUGUUGUGUAGAAGCAAGUGUUUUUAUUGUAUUAAUGUAAUUGUUUUUAAGUGUUGAGUGUCUUCAUUGCAAUAUGAAAUUCAUUAAAAAUCCAUGUUCCAUAA